AUGGCACCUUGGUUGAAGUUGGCUUCUAUUUUGACAUCGCUUAGCACGGAACGUUUCGUUUCUGAUUUAUUAUCUUUACCACAAGUGAGAUGUCGUGACCCGGUUUCCUUGACUCAAAGAUUACAAAUAAUCAAGAAUGAUGGUCAUAAUAAUUUGGCGGUUCUUUCUGAUUUUGAUUACACUUUAUCAAAAGCAUAUGCUUCAAAUGGGGAAUAUUUAUGGUCAACUCUUGGUGUUUUUCGCAAUUUUUUCCCGGAAGAGCCAAGAUUCAAAUUAAUCGCUUUAUAUAAUAGAUGUAUUUUAAUUGAAAAUGAUUCAAAUAUGAGUUAUGAUGAUAAACUACCUUUCAUGAGACAAUGUGCUCUUGAAGCCCAUAAAAUCUAUUUUUCGACUGGAAUCACAAGAAAUUUGAUUAGACAAUGGUCAUUGAUGGCCAAAAUUCAACUCAGAGAUGGAACAAAAUCAUGGAGUGAAUAUCUCGAAGAAAAAGAUAUUCCAAUGCUCAUUUUCUCUGCAGGUGUCACAGAUAUUAUUGAGGUUAUUGUGCAGAAAGAGCUCUCAAAGAUUCCCAAAAAUCUUCGAGUGAUCUCAAAUGCUUUGGUUUAUGAUGAUCUUGGAAAGUCGUCUGCAUUUAAACCACCGCUCAUUCAUAUUUUCAACAAAAAUGUUUCAACAAUUGAACAAGAAGAAUCGCCAUUGAUAAAAAGUUUUCUUAAUCACAAAAAUGUUCUGUUGAUGGGCGAUAAUCUUGCUGAUCUCUAUAUGGGAAAACAAGAGAAUUCUCAAGGAGCCACGCUGAAAAUCGGAUUUUUCAACAAUGAUUUCGGAACGGUACUUGAGCGAUAUCUUGAAGGAUUUGAUAUUGUUUUGAUUGAAGAUGAAACAAUGGAAAUUCCCACUUUGUUAACAAAGUUUUUGGUUGAGAAA